AUGGCGAUGGCGCAGAAGGACAGCGACAUCUUCGGCGGCGUCGAGAUCGACGCCAAGGUCGAGCUCAUGCGGCGGCGCAACGCCGCCCGCGUCCAGAAGAUGCUCGACGCCCGCGAGCGGACCAUCGGCAUCGACAGCGACUUCCUCGCGGCCCAGUGCGAGGAGAAGCGGGAGCGCGCCGCCGCCGAGGACGCGGAGACGGCGGCCUACGGCGACUACGAGGCCCGCAUCCGCGAGGUCGUCUGGGCGCGCGAGCGCGCCGAGGCGGCGCAGGGCGAGGAGCUCAAGGCCGAGCUCAAGGGCGAGUGGGCCGCCCACGCGACGCUGAGGGCCCAGGCCGCCGCCGAGGCGAAGAUCAGCGCGCCCGUGCAGCCGGACUUGUGCGGCAUGUCCGCGGCGCAGAAAUUCGACGGCGAGGACCACGCGUACGUCCGCCGCCAGGAGCUCCAGGGCAAGCAGGUCCAGUCCUGGCUCGUCCAGCAGAUGGAGGAGAAGGCCGCCCGCGCCGGCGAGGAGCACGACGAGGACGCGCGCUACGCCCUCUACGAGUCCUUCGUCGCCGCGCAGCGGGGCGACAUGGAGCGCGACGAGGCGGAGCGCCGCGCGCGGACCAAGGCCGCGCUCGCCGCGGCCAACGUCGACGACGCCGCGAAGCGCGCCGCGCGCCUCGCCGGGACGGCCGCCGACGUCGCCGCGCUCGAGCGCGCGGAGGUGUCCGCGCGGCUCUACGACCCGUCGCUCAUCGAGACGACGUCGACGGCCAAGAGCCGCCUCGGCGACCACCGCUACCGCCCGGACCACUUCAAGGGCCUCGCGCGCGAGCAGGUCCGCGACAUCAUCGCCUCCAACGAGGCCAUCAUCGCCGCGAACAAGCUCGCCAAGGAGGAGGGCAAGGACGCGGACGUCGACUACGACAACAGCCAGGCGGAGCUCCUGCGCCUCGCCCACGAGGACGAGGAGCAGCACCAGGCCACCGUGCGCCGCGCGGCCAUGGAGCACGCCGAGGAGCUCCUCGCCAUGCGCGACGUCGAGCGCGAGAAGAUCCGCAAGUCCAAGGAGGACCGCUUCGGCUACAUCCAGGGCGGCUACCUCGACGGCUUCGGCACGUCCUGCCGGUAG